AAUGUUUACGAAUUCUUAUUUUGAAUUUUUUAGAAGGUAUACGUAAAACAAAAUAAAUUAUGGAGGAUGACAACGACGUGACUAUAACAGGGGUCACCGAUAUGGAAGCUCUAAUACAUAUUCCAGACGAUAAACCUCUGAUGCAGCUCUUCAAACGCUUAAUCGGGAAUGACACCAAACAAAACACAGUCCUAACCAACGCCCAGAUAUUAGAUAUAUUAAAGAAAGAACUGAACACAGAUGUGGUGUACAUACAUGAUUUAGAAUUAGAAAUAUAUCUGAACAUUAUCAAGAAAUUCCUCAAAGACUGGCCGCAAUGGGAUGACUUUGACAAAUCCGUGAGCUCACUAAAAUCUAAAGGAGACAUAGACGCAAUCAAGAAGCUUUUAGAUGUUAAAUAUAACAAUUUUAGAGAUUAUUUAAAAGCAAAGUUAGAUGUGGCACAGCCACUCAUCAAGAAUGUUGUAAAAAAGGCCACGGCAAAGAAGAAAGAAGCGGACGAUGACAAAAUGAAUGUUCUAAUGGAGGUGAGCUGCACCAGAUCACAAUUGAACAAGAUAUUCUUCCGAAGACCCAAUCCGCAGCAACGGAAUACAAUAUUCAACUUCAUCGAUGGACCUACGAAGAUCGUGUUGGACAACAUAUCCAUUGAAGCUUUGAUCAACUGGUUUCAUAUAAAAGUUGAGGUCAAUUUACCGUCUUUCGUAUAUCGGUUUGGUAUGACACACAAAUUGAAGCAUGUGCUGUUGAAUAAGAAGAUAAACGAGACGGCCGUAGCACCUACAGUGUUAAACCAGCAUUUACAGAGGAGUACGAACAGGAAGAACGCAUCUCUUCUCAAAUUGGAGGACAUUCAAUACAUUUUGAAAGAAAUAUUAGCUAGUAUACCACACGAUUACCAUAAUGGCCAGCUAAUAAGAGCUACACUUGCGUAUAUAGAGACGCAUUUGGUUAGGAAUCACAAAUCGGGAGGUUUAUACCUAACUUACUAUAGGAAGUACAUGAAUAAAUACGCAUAUGUAAGAUAUUUGUAUGCAGACGUUCCUAGCGAUAGUAAUUUUAAUAAUAUUAACAAAUACGAUCUGCAACUACAGGAAAUGAUAUAUCCGAGUUACUAUUAUGAGAUUGGGAAGUUUGUUAAGUCUGAAAUCAUUAGCAAAUUGUUUAUUUAUACGAAUUGGAUAAAGUUUGAAUGUUUGUUGUGUAAUAAGGUGUUCUUGGGCCCGGAUAUGACUGAGAAACUUAAGCAGCAUAUAUUGGAUUAUCAUUUCGACCAGCCUGAUUGGCAAUGCACGAAUUGCAAGUCCAUUUACUCUAUGUUAUACCUCGCGGAAAAUAAAUGGGAACAUAAAUGUUAA